UAUUAGAGACGUCGUAAUCGCCGGAGGCGGCAAUUAAGUUACCAGUGGCUGUGCUGCAGUAAGGAUGAGUGACCAGAGUGCCUGUCUACAGCUCAAGCUGUAUAUGCAUCCGAUGUCAUUCUACUCUCAGCAGGUCCUGUUUGCGCUAGAAGAGAAGAAACUGUCGUGUGAGAAUGUAGUCGUGGACCUACUGGGUCUUGAGCAGUACGAGCCAUGGUACAUGAAGAUUAACCUGAUGAGUGAGGUACCUGCCCUGCAGCAUGGAGACACGAUCAUCACUGACUCUCCAUGCAUCAUUGACUACCUGGAGAAACAUUUCUCAGGAGGAGAUACGCCAGACUUGUUCCCUGUUGAGGGAUCCGAAGCUGCCGCACUGGCAAAGCAUUUCCGUGAGGAACUGUCCGCCGUGCCUGUAGAAAGAAUCACAUUCGGUUUGUUCUUUAAUCGACACCUAGGUCAGAACCCUCGAGCAACGGAAUCCAUAAUGGAGGACGGCAAAGUCAUGUAUUUGGCCCGGCUGCCACACAUGGAAUCGUUUAUGAAGAAACAUCCCGAGCUUAAGGAGCAUUGUCUGAACUGCUCGUCGAAGUUCGCUAAUGAGAGACGGUUUCCAAGACAUUUGGAAAAUCUAGAGCCAUUAUUCGACGAAAUAGAGAACCAACUGAUAUCGCAUUCAGAAGAACGCGCCACCUGGUGGUUGUGCUGCGAGCACGUGACCCCGGCUGACAUCAUUCUCUGCAUCUUGCUGGAGAGACUCACAUUUGUCGGACUGAUGGAGCGGUACUGGGGUUCUGGGAAGAGACCAGCUAUAGCAGCCUACCGCGCUCGCUCUCAAACACACCCGCCUUUCAUGGCGGUCCCGCGAAAUUAG